CUUACUCAUACUGAUAAAAACUGGGAUCCAAUGGUCUUAAGUUGGUGGAAAACCAAUCAUGCUGCAAACAGGUGCACCUGAACAAGCUGGGGUCACAUGUCCAGAAGGUCCACCUCUCAUUUCUUCGAUUACACCUGUCCGAGCACGGACACUUGGCGUUUGAGGGGUGAGCUGAUGAACUCUGCUAUUUCAUUGUCCAUUUCUUGAAUGCAAAAAUAAAAUAAAAAAAAUUGUGCAUGCCACGGCUCACAUGGACACCUGGGAGAACCAUCAUGGAUCCUUGUUGAAUAACCGGUCAUGGUUCAGUGUCAUCUAAAAUUAGCUCCUCCAAAGUUUGCAAGCAGCUGUGUAUAAAUAGUCAGGACAGCCAUAGCCGGGUGAUAGAGUUACCGGAGCUGCGUUACGUGUGCGACUCCAGCUUCUCAUAGGUAGAGGACAUGUUUACUUCCACACACUGAUAGCAGACAUGGACCCAGAUGGAGGACAGAGAUGUACCCGCACCCUGGCAAACCAGCGACUGAAGGAGAAGCUUCUCCAGGCUCUCCAAGCCAAUGAGUAUGCAACGGUGGAAAAUAUACUGAACGAGGGGAAGAUGGAUGUGGACACCGUGUUUGAGGUGGAGGAUGAAGGUCUGGUCCUGGCUUCCUACAAAUCAGGUUACUGGCUGCCCAGUUUUAAACUGGCCACCUCGUGGGCAACGGGGCUGCACAUCACUGUUAUGCUGGGACAUCUGGAAAGCCUGCUGGUGCUUCUGGAGCACAACGCUUCCAUCAACAGCAGACCGAACGGAAAGACUCCACUACACCUCGCCUGUGAAUUGGCCAAUCUGGAGUGCGUCAAGGUCCUUAUCGGCCAUGGCGCCAAGGUCAACAUCUUCUCCGUCAGUGGACACGCACCAUUACAUUAUUGUAAAACCAAGGAGUCUGUGAGGUGCGCCAAGGAGCUCAUCUGGAACGGUGCAGAUGUGAACCUGCAGAGUAACAACGACGCCCAGGAGACCCCUCUCCACACAGCCGCCCGGAUAGGACUUCCAGAACAUGUAGCCUUCUAUGUCACCCAUGGGGCAAUAGUGGAUAGUGUGAACUCAACCUUGGAAACGCCUCUUGCCACUGCUGCCUAUUGGUCAUUAAAUAGUAAGGAGCAGAAAUACAGCACCAAGCACCAUCUCAUCUGCAGGAUGCUGAUCGACUACAAAGCCAACGUCCGCUCCCGAGAUAUCGACCGCAAGUCACCUCUCCACAAGGCGGCAUGGAACUGUGACCAUAUCCUAAUGCACAUGUUGUUGGAAGCUGGCGCCGAAGCCACCUGUAUGGAUGAUAAUGGAUGUGCCGCCCAGCAGUAUGUCCUAAGAGUCACAUCAGUCCGCGCCGCAGGUCAACCGGAAAUCUGCUUCCAGCUACUACUAAACCAUGGAGCAGCCAGGAUUUACCCCCCACAGUUCCAUAAGGUCUUACAGGAAUGUCACUCAUAUCCAAGAGCCAUUGAAGUCAUGGUCAAUGCUUAUGAACAUAUAAAUGCGACAUUCAAAUGGACUCAAGCCAUUCCAGAAGAGGAACUGGAGAGACACCGCACCUUCUAUGAAUCCCUGUUUGAGGUUUGCAGUAACUCCCCGAGGUCCCUCAUGCACCUGGCCCGGUGUGCCAUCCGUGCCAUCUUACGCAGGAGGUGCCACCGUGUCAUCCCUCACCUGCCUCUGCCGAACAUCCUGAAGAAAUAUCUCCUGCUGGAGCCACAGGGAAGACUAUAUUAA